CGAACCCAGCAGCUCCACUCUCUCUCUUUCUCUAACACAAAUAAACACAUUCUUGCAUUAUGUUUAAUCUUUAUAGUACACAGGGGUGGCAUUCCUAUCUUUUCAUAGGACAGAAAACUUAAAUAUAGAGGGACGCCAAUUGGUAGAGUGACAUGCAAAGUCUGAAUACGAGGUGCUUUUGUGGUUUAUCUCAUGCCGGAAACCAAUGUCAACCUCCCACCGUAGCUCACAACAGCACUGCCAGAUAUUUACAAGCUCUUCAACAUGACCAAAUCAUCAAGGUUUCUUCUGAAAUAACAAAAGGAGAUUGCCUUAAUGAGAUGCCCGUACCUGAGGAAGAAGAGGUGCCCCUGAUGAAGAAUGAUAGGGCGGGGAGUCAAAAAUCCAGCUGUGACUCCCUACAGGUGCACCUGUACCACUCCCCUACAGUCAAAUCUGAGGUCACCCUCAACAUUCCCACUGGACACAUCACUGCUGAGAGUGUGUGUGUGUUUGCUGCCAAAGCCAGUGGUAUUUUUCCUGUGUUCCACAACCUUUUCUCUCUGGCAUCAGAGGACCUUUCAUACUGGUAUCCACCAACUCACGUAUUUAAUGUGAGUGAAGAGACCAUCACUGUUCACUACAGAGUGAGGUUUUUCUUCUUGAGCUGGUUUGGUCAGGGGUCCAAGGCAUCGUAUCGGUUUUGCUUGAACAAAGGACGAAUCUGCGCCGUGCUAGACUACAGUGUCAUCGACUAUCUUUUUGCUCAGUCCCGCAGUGAUUUUGUGUCUGGUCGUGGAGGUGUUUCUCCUGUUCUAAGCUUACAGCAGGAAUGUUUAGGCAUGGCAGUGUUGGAUCUGUGGCGUAUGGCCAAAGAGAGAAACCAGAGUCUUGGAGACAUCUGCAAGACAACAAGCUACAAGUCCUGCCUCCCAGAGACCCACAGGCGAGACAUACAGCGCUUGAGUCGCCUGGCUCGGUAUCAGAUCCGUAAGACGCUUAAGCGUUUCCUUAAGAAGCUGGGGAGCUGCUCGGCUGGGGUGCAUAACCUGAAGCUCAAGUAUCUGAUGGAGUUAAGAGCGGUGGAGCCGGCUUAUGGUUCAGAAUGCUUCAGCAUGCAUCAGUCCGGAUGGUUAGCGCAGAGCGAGCAGCAAAGGGUUAAAUCUAUCCGAGUAUCUGGGGAGGGAGGUAUUCAGACACAGACCACAGAACACCAGGACUGGCAGACCUUCUGUGACUUUCCUCAGAUCACAGACAUUAGUAUAAAGCAUGUGUGUCAAGAGCAGAUGCUCCUGGAGGGAAGGGUGGUCACCCUCACAUGCCAAGACGACCGUUGCUUGGAGGCUGAGUUUCACACCCUCAAUGAAGCCCAUUCCUUUGUGUCUCUGGUUGAUGGAUAUUUCAGACUGACCACAGACUCAACUCACUAUUUCUGCGCGGAAGUGGCACCGCCCAGCCUGCUGGAAGACAUCCAAAAUUACUGCCAUGGCCCUAUCACGUCAGAGUUUGCGGUGCACAAGCUUAAAAAGGCUGGUGCCGAAAAUGGGAUGUUCCUGUUACGUCACAGUCCAAAAGAAUUCGACAAGUACUUCCUCACCGUUUGUACACAGACUCAUCUGGGUAUGGAUUACAAAGACUGUCUGAUAGAGAAAAAUGAGAAGUUUAGCCUGGCUGGGAUUCACAACUCAUUCUGUAGUCUGAGACAACUCACAGACUUUUAUCAACUCAACACACUUCUCAUGUCAGACAUCCCCGUGACCCUGGGAAAGUGCUGCACGCCCAGACCAAAAGAACUCACCAACAUGAUCAUUCUUCGUAACAGCAGCAUGGCAGAGAUGCCAAAUUCACCCAUGUUACAGAGACACAAACCCAGUCACGUGCAAUUUCACAUGAUCAAACAUGAGGAUCUCAAUUGGAGGGAAAGUUUAGGUCAAGGUUCCUUCACUCACAUCUUUAGAGGCACAAAGACAGACCAGAGGGAUGGGACAACACAUUCAACGGAGGUCCUUCUGAAGGUCCUGGAUGCCAGUCAUAAGAACUGCUGGGAGUCUUUUUUUGAGGCAGCUAGUUUGAUGAGUCAAAUUUCCCACAAGCACCUUCUUCUGGUUUAUGGCAUCAGUGUGCACAAAUCCAAAAACAUCAUGGUGCAGGAGUUUGUGAAGCAUGGAGCAAUGGACCUGUACCUGAGGAGAAACACAUCCGUAUCGGUCAGCUGGAAACUAGAUGUGGCCAAACAACUGGCAUGUGCUCUCAACUUUCUGGAGGACAAGAAUAUUCCACAUGGCAACAUUUGUGCGAAAAAUCUGCUGUUAGCCAGAGAGGGGGACCCAUUCUCUGAUAACUCUCCCUUCAUUAAAUUAAGUGACCCAGGCAUCAGCAUGGCCAUGCUGGGCAAAGAAGUCGCAUUAGACAGAAUCCCAUGGGUGGCGCCGGAGGUUCUGGAAACACUUGAGGUAAAACUGGAGUGUGACAAGUGGAGUUUUGGAACAACGCUAUGGGAGAUUUUCAAUGGCGGAGAAGCUCCUCUACAGGGCCUUGACCUCAUACAAAAACAGCAGUUUUACGCACAGUUCUCACAUCUGCCCGCCCUGGAGUGGGCCGAGCUGGCCGAUCUGAUCUCUCAGUGUAUGCAGUACCAGCUGGAGCUCAGACCGUCCUGCAGGAGCAUCAUCCGCCAGCUCAACAGCCUCAUCACAUCAGAUUAUGAGAUCCUCCAUGCAACUGGCACACACCCAAAGACCGAUGGGCUCGGGAGAAAACAUAACAUGUUCAGAAAGCAACAACAGGACGUUUUUGAAGAGAGACAUCUGUGCUUCAUCUCGGCUCUGGGAAAGGGUAAUUUUGGCAGCGUGGAACUUUGUCGUUACGAUCCGUGGGGUGAUAACACCGGCGAACUGGUUGCUGUUAAGGAACUGCAGUCCAACAAAAAGUCCAACAUGGCAGACUUUCAGAAAGAGAUCCAGACUGUUAGCUCCAUGCACUGUGACUACAUUGUCAAAUACAAAGGCAUCUGCUACAGUGCAGGUAGACUCAGCACAAGACUGGUGAUGGAAUAUCUCCCCUAUGGCAGUCUUAUCAGUUACAUGGAGAAAUACAGACAGAACGUGUGUGCGCGGCGACUGUUGCUUUUUGCCUCACAGAUCUGUAAGGGGAUGGAGUAUUUGCAAAGCAUGCGAUAUGUUCACCGGGAUCUAGCUGCCCGGAAUAUUCUCGUAGCCAGUGACACUCUGGUGAAGAUCGCCGACUUUGGCCUCACAAAGAUAAUUCCAGUGGAUAAAGAAUAUUACCGUGUCACACAGCCGGGAGAAAGUCCCAUUUUCUGGUAUGCGCCUGAAUCUAUAUCAGAGCUCAAGUUCUCUCAGAAGUCAGAUGUGUGGAGUUUCGGCAUUGUUCUACACGAACUGUUCUCUUAUUGCGAGAUCAGUCAAAACCCUAAAAGGUUGUGUAUGCAGAAGAUAGGAAGUUACGUGCAGAGUCCAUCCAUGGCUAUCCAUCUUUUUAAUCUCCUUAAAGAUAACUGGAGGUUACCAGCACUGUCUCAGUGUCCACCAAAGGUGCACAACAUAAUGAUGCGCUGUUGGGAGUUCAACAGCGAGGAUAGACCGAGCUUCUCUUCUGUACAGGACCUGAUUGAGAAUAUCCUGUUAGAUGAGAGAGAGGGAUCUAAAGGUUAAAGUCAGAGAUAUACCCCGAACAGAUAGAUCACUGUUAUUUUAGCUGUUAUAUAUUUUUAAAGAAUAAUUCAGUGUUUUUAAGAUGUAUUGUGAUGAAGCUAUAGCACUUUUCAGAGCUUAUGGUUACAUAUCAAAUUUUGGCUUUUACCCUAUAGGACAGCUGCUGCUUGUGAAUUAGCAAACAUGUACAAAGCAUCCUUUUUCUAUUUACCCUAAAUGCUUCAUAAAAAAAAUCAUUUUUAUGGUAUUUUUAGGUUCUUUGUCAUUCACGUGAGUUUGUUAUGUUAAUAAGUGUCCAGUUUUUUUCUCAUGUGGCAAGUAGCCAUGUAAUAAGCAGGAUAAUGUACAAGCAGCUGGCUGUGUGAUCGCAAAAUAAGCCUUCAGUGGGAUACAAGACUAUUCGUUUCCCUGUUCUUUUAAAUGAAGGUUUCAUAUGUUGUGUAACGAUUUUCAUUUUGGCACUCAGUGUACAGUUAAACAAUGUGGUGUGGUGAGAAAUAGGCCAAUAUCAAGAUGGGUGUCAUUUAUACAAUUAUAGCACAAACAGGUUGAGCUUUUAAAGUGUGCUUGCUGAGAAAAUAAAAUAUAUGUCUUUAUAUGAGGGUGUGGACCUGAGGGUUUGGUAAUAGGUGUGUCAACCUAUCAUGAUCCUGCCUCUUCAUGUCAUGAUUUUCAGGUCUUGUGUCAGGAUUAUGACAUACCCGUGUGUUUUAUCUGGAGAAAGGGCAUGGCAUUGUUUUUGUUUUGUAAUGCCAUGCUGUCUCUCCGGGGCUCUCACUAAAUCCUUGGUGUUUCGAGUCAGAUCGGUGGGCGUGGCUUGUUAGUUUUGAAUAAAUCUUUGGUCUUUCAAGUCUUAAGAAACCUUUACCCUAACCCACACCCUAACCUUACUCUAACCAUCUUAACUUCCUAUGAUUGUUAAAAUUGAUGAAAAAACACGUUUGGGUAAUGACGUCAGACUCGAAACACCUAGGAUUUAGUGAGAGCCCUCUCUGUGGUGUCCUUUAUCUCCGCCCCCUUGUUUCUCCGUCAGCGCCCCUUUAGGGUUUCAUCCCCCUCACCUGUUCGAUUAUCUUAUUGCCAGUCUCCAUUAGUGUUAAGUCUUGUGGUGCCCGUCACCAUCCCUACUCUAUCUUCCCUAGUUAGUGUUUCCCUAUUUAUAAUCUCAGUUCCCUUUGUCCCCUGUGGGUUCAUUGCGUUAUGUUUUUCCUUCCCGUUCGUCUCAGCCAUGAUUUACCCUGUUCCUGUGUGACUUUCGUGUUUGGACUUUAUCCAUGAUCUUACUGUAUUUAUUUUGUUCCCCUUUAUGGACCUUUUUUUGUUUGGAUUCCAGUUUUGUUAAGUUGUUUAUUGCUCCUUGUGGGUUUUUGUUCUAUUUAAUAAAAGAUGUUUGUUAACCCUUCAAUUGCUGUCUGUGCCUGGGUUCUCCUUCACAAACCAUGAUGACCAGUUUAUGAAAAUUUAACAACGUCCACGGAAACACAGACGAAGGUAUUCCAGACAGGGGCGCAGAUGGGAUUUUUUUUAACUGGUUAGUUAUUUAUUUUGUAUCAUUUGGGCUUUAACUAGUGCUCACGUAGUUACUUUGCGUAAUUUGAGCUAAUGGUUUGCAGUGAAAAGUCACUGGAGGAUUUUGUAUUUGAAAUCAUGGAUAAAAACAAUGAACAAAGGUCUACUUGAUCAACCCAAUGCAUGAUUAAACUGGUGUCUAGUAUGCCAAUCACCCACCAAAACUAGCAGCUGCAGGUGUCCGACUUUUUUUCGAGGUGUCUGACUUGACUGCUCCUUUUUCAACUCCUCCCUCUACUGCAAGCGGCUAAUCUCGCUGAUCGGUCUGGGCAGCGCCACAUGAGCUCCAACACACCUGUUGCCAUGUGUCUCACAAACAUGUGGGGCUGUCAUGACCCUGCCACAAGACUAGAAAGUAUGACAAGGUGAGGCAGUAUCAAGACAAGUUUGUUAUGUUAAUAAGUGUUUUUUCUCAUGUGGCAAGUAGCCGUGUGAUAAGCAGGAUAAUGUACAAGCAGCUGGUUAUUAUUAGACCCUCCGCUUCGCGUGUGUGGAUCAUUGUUCCAAGGGGGAGCACUUGCUGAGAAAAUGAAUACAAUGUCUUUAUAUUAGGGUGUGGAACUGAUGUAUUGGUAACGGGUGUGUCGACCAGUUUAUGACACUAAAACAAUGUAUAAGAACAAGAACCCACACACUGCCGUGACACGAAUCGCAACACUAUACCAGCUUGUUUCUCACAUAUGUGUGUGUAUUUACUGUAUAGAUGUUUAUUUAUUAAAUACCAUUUGUUGAAUGGGUCCCUCGUUCGCAUUUAAAGGGGUCAUAUGGUGCAAAUACGUAUUUUUCUGUAUCCUUGGUGUGAUAUACGUUGCCCAUGAAUGUAUUAGACACGUAAAAUUGCAAAAAAAUAAUAGAGGAGAACAAUGUAAGUGAUCUCCUUUGACCAUAGUAACUUGACUUAUGUGAUU